AGGCAUUCUCCACCAUAAAUAUCCAAUUCAGAACUAAGUCCAAAUCUUCACUCUCUGGAUCUCCUAAAGGUCAGCAAUUUGUCUUCCCCACACGGAGUUUGUCUGCGUUCAAAGCUGUUUCCCUACAGUAAUCUGCUCUGGUUGGAAGUGAACAUGUCUCAAGUUCAGAUUCAGAAUCCUUCUGCUGCCCUUGCAGGGAGCCAAAUAUUGAAUAAAACCCCAGCUCUUUCACAGCCUUUGAGUAUUCCUUCUACUACCAGUUCUUUGCCCUCUGAAAAUGCAGGCAGACCUAUCCAAAACUCUGCUUUGCCCUCUGCUUCAGUUACAUCCACCAAUGCAGCUGCAGCUCCUUCAAACAUGGCAAACCCCAAAGAGAAAACCCCCAUGUGUCUUGUGAAUGAGUUAGCCCGUUUCAACAAGAUUCAGCCCGAGUAUAAGCUUUUGAGUGAGCAAGGUCCAGCUCACUCCAAGGUGUUUACAGUGCAGCUGACUCUUGGGGACCAGCACUGGGAAGCUGAAGGAACUAGUAUUAAAAAAGCGCAACACGCAGCAGCUGCCAAAGCUUUGGAAGGGACAAAAUUCCCCAAGCCUACGGCUCGUCCCUCCCGUAGUGAAGGCAAGAAUCCAGACAGUGUAACCCCCACAGUGGAGUUGAAUGCCCUGUGCAUGAAGCUGGGGAAGAAGCCCAUGUACAAGCCCAUCGAUCCGUACACGGGGAUGAGAUCCACCUACAACUACACCAUGCGGGGUGGCACCUACCCCCCACGGUACUUUUACCCUUUUCCUGUCGGGCCCUUACUUUAUCAAGUGGAGCUUUCAAUUGGAGGGCAGCAGUUUCAUGGGAAAGGAAGAACAAGACAAGCUGCUAAACAUGAUGCAGCUGCUAAAGCACUGAAAGUUCUGCAGAAUGAGCCCUUGCCUGAGAAACCAGAGGUUAACGGAAAAGAACCAGAUGAUGAAAAUCUCAAUAAAUCUGAAAUAAGCCAAGUUUUUGAGAUUGCACUUAAAAGGAACUUGCCUGUGAAUUUUGAGUUUUUCCCUCUGAAACAGGUGACCAAGGAAAGUGGUCCUCCCCAUAUGAAGAGUUUUGUAACCAAGGUGUCAGUUGGAGAAUUCAUGGGUGAAGGUGAAGGAAAGAGCAAGAAGAUCUCAAAGAAAAAUGCUGCAAUAGCAGUCCUAGAAGAACUGAAAAAAUUGCCACCCCUUCCUACGGUUGAGAAAAUGAAGCCACGAAUCAAAAAGAAAACAAAAUCAAUAGUGAAGCUGCAAACAAGUCCAGAAUAUGGUCAAGGAAUGAAUCCCAUUAGCAGACUUGCCCAGAUACAGCAGGCCAAGAAGGAGAAGGAGCCUGAGUACAUGCUGAUCACAGAACGUGGGCUGCCCCGGCGCAGGGAGUUCGUGAUGCAGGUGAAAGUUGGUGUACACACAGCUGAAGGAAUGGGCACAAACAAAAAGGUUGCUAAACGCAAUGCAGCUGAAAAUAUGUUGGAAAUCUUAGGUUUUAAAGUCCCUCAACCUCAACCUCCAAAACCAGCAUUAAAGACAGAAGAGAAGACCCCAGUGAAGAAACCAGGUGAUGGAAGAAAAGUCACCUUCUUUGAGCCGGGCUCUGAAGAGACUCCAGCCAGUAAUAAAGAAGAUGAGUUUCGGAUGCCUUAUCUCAGCCAUCAGCAGCUUCCUGCUGGAAUUCUUCCCAUGGUCCCUGAGGUUGCCCAGGCUGUAGGAGCCAACCAAGGACACCACACCAAAGAGUUCAGCCGGGCAGCUCCCAACCCUGCCAAGGCGACGGUGACGGCGAUGAUCGCCCGGGAGCUGCUCUACGGGGGCACCUCUCCCACUGCCGAGACCAUAUUGAAGAGCAGCAACUCCUCAGGCCACGUCCCCCACGGACCCCUGACCAGGCCCUCCGAGCAGCUGGACUAUCUCUCCAACGUUCAAGGAAUCCAGGUUGAAUAUAAAGACUUUCCAAAAAAUAACAAGAACGAGUUUGUAUCUCUUAUAAACUGUUCCUCUCAGCCACCACUGAUCAGCCAUGGGAUUGGAAAGGAUGUGGAGUCUUGCCAUGACAUGGCUGCACUGAAUAUUUUAAAGUUGCUGUCUGAGUUGGACCAACAAACCACAGAGAUGCCAAGGACAGGAAAUGGACCAAUGUCUGUAUGUGUGAAACAAGAAAUGGAAAGUGACCCUCUCCUCAAACCGGCGAGCGCAAACCCUUUGGGACAAACACUGGACAGCACUGCCUGAAACAGGCUCUUGACUGAACCCAAACCUGAAAGCACCAGAGAAAAUCAAAUGCUUCCUCUUAAUGUAACCUAACUGUUAGAGUGCUACAGUCUCUACAACCUACUGUAGUGUCUAAAUCAUAACUGUUGCUUUUUCUUCAAACAGUGAUACAUUUUUAGUUUCAUUAUGUUGUUUUGAUUGAAAUGACACUAUAAAUUUUUCAUUUAAAAGUUUCUUAAUUGUAUCUAGGACAAUAGCACAGUUUAGAAACUUUGUCUUCUGAGACUGACAUGUUACCUGUGAACUAACUUGGGAAGAUCAUAUCCAUGUAUGUGGUUAUUUUGGUUUUAUUGGAAUAGCAGCGUUUCACUGGAAACAGGCUGUGUCCCACCAUUUUAAAAAGUCCCAUAUUUUCGCAAACCAACCUUAAUUAUCCAAUGGUUGAGUUAAUUAAAACACUUUAGGAAUUUUAAACUUGGUUUGAUCAUUUUUGGUUUAAUUUCUAGUUUUCUUGAGUGUGGGGUAGGGGAACUCGAAUGCAACGUGACUUUCAGUGAUCUCUGAGCUGUGUUUUAGGGGACUGUGCGUUGGUGGCUCACAGCUCCUACAGUACAGGAUAUGAUCUCAAUGUAGUGCAUAUAAAAACCGCAGAUUGAUUUUCCUUGAGUGCUUUAUACUGUUUAAUUACAUCUCCAUGUAGGGCUGAAAAAAAUUACCUAUGUUUAUAUAUAACUGUGUUGCUUUUGAUGUUGUGUUCCUGCGCACGGAGGGUGCGCGAUGAGGUUUGCCUUGGUCCAGGUACAGCACGAUAGCCGCGCGAGUUCAGUACUGCUUCCGUUCAUUGUUUACGCUGGAAUUUUUUCUCCCCAUGGAAUGUAAGUAAAAACGUAGUGUUUGUCACAAAUAAAUGGUAAUACUAAAUUUU